CGGUUCAACGUCUCAAGUCGCAUCUCAUCUUCAACCUUCUACACUCCCACCACCCACCCCCAACAACACCAACAGCACAAUGGUUCUCGUCGAGGAAGUCCAGGAGGACAUCGUGAUCAACGAGCGCGAGUCUGACUUUGAGACCGAGUCCGAGGCGUCCGACGACGCCUCGGUCCUCUCCGACGACGACUUUGACCCCUCGUCCGAGACGUUUGGCGACCGCAUCGCCGCCCUCAAGGACAUUGUGCCCCCCGAGGCGCGUACCUCGCUCUCCAACAGCGUCAAGAGCAUCAAGGAGUGGGCCUCGUGGGCCAUCAACGGCUCGGGCCAGAUCGCAUGGUGGGCCACCACCUCGGCGCUUCUUGUCGGCCUUCCCCUCGCCCUUGCCAUCGAGGACGAGGCGCGCAUCACCCAGCAGGAGCGCGAGAUGCAGAUGCAGAGCCAGGGACAGCAGCAGCUCCUCGGCGGCCAGCAGGGCGGCAACCCCACCGGCGUCGUCCCCGCCGGCUUCUAAGCCGCUUACCUCCCGCCACCCGCACACCAUCUCGGCGUAUCGACGAAUCGAGCGUAGCGUACGGCAGAAGAGAAGAAGAAAAGUCGGCCCGGAGCGAGGGCGCAUCAACACGAAGAUGGAGAUGGAGACGGAGACGACGACGACGACGUUGCGCCGAGGAUAGAGGCAACGUAUAGUGCUGGCAGAGACCACCCCUGCCAUUAUGUACAACAGCCGCGAGGCUCAUUGCUGCCGGUCAUGUAUGGCAUCACUUCUCACGGGGCGUGCGGGGUGUUGUUGGUGUGGG